CUCACUUCUCACUCAGUGUGAGCGUCUCACCAGCAAGGAUGACUGGAGGAGCUAGGACUGCCUAGGCUUAAGUGUUUUGAGAGUGUGUGUGCGUGUGUGUGUGUGUGUGUAUGUGUGUGUUUGUGUGUGAGUGCACAUGGGUGUGCAUGUGUCUGGGUGGACUCCCGCUGUAGUGGUGCCCCGUGUGUGACUAUGCUGACCGCGGCAACCAAACGGUCCACAGCGGAGAGACUUUCUCAGCACGCAGAUGGUGUGAGCAGUCAGGGGGGAAAAGUUUUUUAAGCAGCUCGUCUCUGAGCUUCAGUCAGUCCAGGAGAGCAGCAGAAGAAGAAGAGCUGAAGUACAACCUCAGCUUGUCCCGGGAUUUCUGCUGUUGUUGAUUGAUUGCCUGUCACUGGAUUGGGUAAAAAAAAAAAAGACGAGCAUCAUCACACACCACAGCUGAGGGCUUCGACAAGGCUGUUUUAUUCGAAAGAUCAGAGUUGCUGUAAUGGACGACCAGUGUGUGUCCCACAGCAGCCCCCAGCACAGCGGCGGUCCGGCCGGCGCAGACGUCCACAGGCAGGGACGGCCGAAUGUCAUCAGGUGUGGGUGGCUCAGGAAGCAAGGAGGCUUUGUCAAGACUUGGCACAGUCGCUGGUUUGUACUGCGAGGGGACCAGCUGCACUAUUACAAAGACGAGGAGGAGACCAAAGCCCUGGGAACCAUUUGCUUACCUGGAAACAAGGUCUCGGAGCAUCCAACCAGCGGCGACGAUGGUGGGAAAUUUCUUUUCGAGGUCAUUCCAGGGGCAGACAGAGAGCGGAUGACAGCCAACCAUGACACCUACCUUCUUAUGGCCAGCACCCAGAAUGACAUGGAGGAUUGGGUGAAGACGAUCCGAAGGGUCAUCUGGGCGCCUUUCGGUGGAGGGAUCUUCGGUCAGAAGUUGGAGGAGACCGUGCGGUAUGAGCGCCGCUUUGGGAACAAGCUCGCGCCUAUGCUGGUCGAGCAGUGUGUGGAUUUCAUUCGGCAGUGGGGCCUUCAGGAGGAGGGCCUGUUCCGACUGCCGGGACAGGCCAACCUGGUCAAGGAGCUGCAGGACGCCUUCGACUGUGGAGAAAAGCCCUCGUUUGAUUGUAACACAGAUGUGCACACGGUAGCGUCCCUGCUGAAGCUCUAUCUCAGGGAGCUGCCGGAGCCCGUCAUCCCCUUCCACAAGUACGAUGAGUUCCUGGCAUCGGCCAAGCUCCUCGGGAAGGAUGAUGAAAUGGGUAUUAAGGAGUUGAGAAAGCUUGUGGAAAGUCUACCUCCAGUGAACUUCAACCUUCUCAAGUACAUCUGCAGAUUUCUAGACGAAGUCCAGUCAUAUUCGGGCGUGAACAAAAUGAGCGUUCAGAACUUGGCCACAGUCUUUGGGCCAAACAUCUUGAGGCCAAAGGUUGAGGAUCCAGUAGCCAUUAUGGAAGGUACCGUUCUGGUCCAGCAGCUCAUGGCCAUUUUGAUUGGCCGUCACGAUGUGCUCUUCCCUCACGGCGAGGACAGCCCCACGGCCCUCGAGCUGGUCAACAACAACAUUGAACUACCCCGGCGCCAAGCCGCCACAACUACCUCCACCGUCACGACGGUGUCUCAGAACGCAGAGAACAACAACACCCAGGUGGUCCGGCAGUGUGUUUGGGAAGCCCCCGAGUCUCCCUCGCACCGCCAACGCGUUGACAACGGUGGCGCCCCGCGGCCGUCCAGCCCUCGUAACGGAGUCGUGGGACGCUUUGACAUCACCCGCAGUCCGCCGCUGACCGUGAAAAAGAACCCGGCGUACAGCAAAGGCAGCGGGAUUGUCACAAACGGCUCCUUUAGCUCCUCACCCUCUUCCGACCCCAAUCAAGAAAAGAGCCAGACUCUGAGUGGCGGUGGGAGUUUACCGCUGCGACGCAGUGGGGCACUCAAAGGCUCAGGCACAAAAAUGGGAACCAGCGGUGUGGCGGGUGGGAGCAGCACCGGCGGGAACGGGACUGGAGUUGUGCGCAUGGGCAUUUCCGGCACUGACGUGGUCACGGGGGGCCUGAACGGCCGCAGCGGCCCCUGGGCGCCGAACGGCUGCGUCACGCUGCGGGCGAACAGUAAAUCGCGAGACUGCACCAACGGGGACCAAACGACCAAUCAGAAUCGUCUGUCCACGUACGAUAAUGUCCAGUUGAACCACCAGAACCUGCAGCUGCAGAACCAGAUCGCCAACACGUGUCUCAACAGCAGCUGCGAGGACAAACAGAGCGUCGACAGCGCCACCUGGUCCACCUCCUCCUGUGAGAUCUCUCUUCCGGACAACUCCACCUCCUGUCGCUCCUCCACCACCACCUGCCCCGAGCAGGACUUCUACGGAGGCCACUACGAGGACUCGGACGGACCAGCACGGGAUAACGAACCUGCCCAGUCUGGAGGAGGAGAGGGGGACGGCAGAGGCAGCAAUAGGGAAGGGGAAGGAAGUGGAGAUGGAGCAGGGAGGAGCAGUCGGGGCACCAGCAGCAGUGAUAACAGUGAAGGGUUCACGGUCGGUAAUGGACCCGGCGGCCACAGCGCUCUGCACAGCUUGGUGGCGAGUCUCAAACAGGAGAUGCACAAGCAGAAGACCGAGUAUGAGGCCAGGAUAAAGAGCUUGGAGCAGCGCAACCUGGAGCUGGAGACGGAAAUGGUGAGCCUCCACGAGGAGCUGGACCAGGAGAGGAAGAAGUACACCAUGGCAGAGAUCAAGCUGCGCAACGCCGAGCGCGCCAAGGACGACGCCGAGCGGCGGAACCAGACGCUGCAGAAAGAGAUGGAGCAGUUCUUCUCCACGUUCAGUGACCUCACCGCCACCGGCAGCGCCGCAGCCACCGACCCGCGCCGGCCGGAUCGUAACAACGCCAUCUGGAUACAGUGAGGGGCGGCGGGGGUGGGAAUGCGGGCGGAGAUGCCGAGAAAAGACUGGAAAUGAAUGAAAUGAUGUGAACAGUGCGCGGGCGUCAAACAGGAUUUGGCUGCUGGUUGUACAGGGCGAGGUGGGAAGUAACAUUAAUGGCAUGUUUUAAUUUAAGAAAGAGGUGUAUGACCUGUGAAAAUGUAGACGUCACCUGGAGUGACAUUAUCUGUAAAUAUUAUUUAAACAGUUUUCAGACGCAACACUCUCCUCAGAAACUGUUGUGGUAUACACUCAUCUGACUCUGAAGUGGAGUAAAGGGACAGAACACCGUAGUCUAUGAUGAUCUACUGUACUAACAUUACUUUAUAUUGGCUCCUAGAGCCGGAUAGGAGGGAAGAAUAAAACAUUUAAAAAAGGUUCUGUUCGGCAAAACGGUAAGAAUAAAAUACCAAAAGCUGAGGACCAUGCCAAAACCCCUCCCUAUCUUAAAUUCACGUGUAAUGUAACCAAAACAAGCUAAAAACAACAACAUCCAUCUUAUUGUUCCGUGUAAUUCUGUAUCUACUCAUGUACAUAGAGGGAAGCAACGCGGAAAAACACAGCAGCAUAUGUAUGUACUGUAAAGAGAAAUGAAAGUACUACUUAAAAUGUUUAUCUCGUAUUUAAGCGCAGUUAUCAAGGUGUGAUAUUUUGUAUUGAGAUUUUUUUUUUCCUUGCACUUACAUGUUUUGUUUAGUGUCUCAAGUUGGUACUGAGUGUUCUGUCUGUCAGUGUAUGUAUCAUUGAAAUUGGACAAUAUACUGUAUGUAUGUGCCCGUGCUUCUGUGCUAUUGUAUUCACCCAUGACCAAAAAAGAAAAGAGCCUGUACUGUAAAUAUUUUAUAACUGUAGUCACUAAUUGCGAGUCUGUACAGUGGUUUGAAGAAUAUUCGGAUGGAUAUGGCGCGUAUCACAAACGGACACCGACUGAAGAAAUUACGCGGCUUGCAAAAAUACACUUGCACGAGUGGCUCCCUGAAUAAAAUUUAAACGUCUGUCACGAAUUCGUAAAUUCAGGUGACGAAAUGUACUUUGCUGCUUUUUUUGCGAGAUGUGUGGCUGACGUCGUUCUGUGGUAAAAUGCAGCGUACCGUCCGUGUCUGAGCAUAUGAGAUGCCAGUUCUACGGAAAUAUGCUGUGGUCUUCUGACAGUUAAUCUUCUCACCUGACAAAGCUGGUUGUCAGGUCCUGACUUGGCACAGAAGAACAAGCUGCAGAAAUAUAGCACAUAGGUGUUCUUUUGUGUCAUAACUGUGAAAAAAGAAUUGGGGGGGGGGGAUUAUAGCAUCAAGCGUGUCGACACCGAGGACAUUUACAGCCUGGAAUUCGAAAGCAUGACGGUGGUGCAUGAGUACACGAGGGUCGGUGAUGUACAAAGUGACUGCAUAUUGAUAAAGUCUCUGUGCGUGCAUUUAUUUAGCUUGAAACCAAAUGUCUAUACACACACAAUGAGGAUUUGCUAAUGGGUACAGUACAAAACAGGAACACAUCUCAGUACAGACCAGGAACCUGUCCAAAAGGAGUUUGUAUGUGCAUGUGUGCACAAGCCUGCUGCUGGUCACUGCAGGACAUCUGGAAUGUGCACAUAGAGGGGGGGGGGAAGAAGUGCCUGAAGGAGGAGGGGAGCCUGUGCUUCUCAUUUUUGCUCCCUUCACCGGGAAAUAAUGGGCUUAAGCCGUGCUGAGGGUGUCCCCUGAUAUCGGUGGAUUCCACACAAAAAGAGUGGCUUCGUACGCACGGCGAGGGGGACAGGAGGAGCGGGACGGGACGGAAUAUUUUCAUGACAUGAGACUUGAUACACAAAGGAACUUUGGACAAAUGAUUAGACAUGAAUAAAGGUGGAUUUUCA